ACCCUAUUGUGUGUGUUACAACUACAAGAAAGUGAAAUAAAUACUAAUACUCCUAUCAUAACAACUUGAGAGUUUUUCUGUUUCUUUUUGUUUAUGUUUUCUGUUCUCAAUCAGAAUCAGACACCAUUCCUCUCUCUCUCUUAUUGUCUUCAACAACUUCCUAAACCUUCUUGUUUCCGACAUUGAUUUUGCCCUCUCUUUCUCUCUCUACAUUGUCUUCUUCUUGUUCUUCAUUGUUUUGUUUCUGCAUUCUUUCAUAGAGAGAGAAUCAUCAAUUUGUUGUGUUGUGUUGUGUCUGGUUUGAUUAUUAUGUCUCUUUCUGUUUGAUUACACACAUCAAAAUCAGAACCAGAGAGAGAAAAUUCAACACAAACCUUGUCUUUUUAUAAUUGUACUUUCUCUCCUUCAAAACCACUAUUAGUUUGGUUCUUUGUUGUUCGUCAAGAAUCAAAAGCUAUAUGAAGUUGUACCAACAAUGAGAGAUGAAAACUUGAAGAAAAGCAAGCAGCUUUCAUGGCCUAAAACUCUGGUCAAGAAAUGGUUCAAUAUUAAGAGUAAAGCUGAAGACUUUCAAGCAGAUGAUGUUCUUUAUGGAGGUGUUGAUCAAGAGUGGAGGAACAACUACUGUUCAAAGAGGGAAGAAUGCACUAUCAAGAAAAGCAAGACAGAAAGAACUAAGAGAAGGCAUUCGGAAAGAUCGCGGCGAUGUAAGGGCGAUCAUGAUGCGGCUCACGUUACAGAUGUGAAUAACUAUAGAAUAUUUGUUGCUACUUGGAAUGUAGCUGGAAGAUCUCCGCCGAGUUAUUUGAAUCUCGAAGAUUGGCUUCAUACUUCUCCUCCCGCCGAUAUAUAUGUUCUUGGGUUUCAAGAAAUUGUGCCUCUCAAUGCUGGAAAUGUUUUAGGGACAGAAGACAACGGUCCUGCUAGAAAAUGGCUAGCUCUUAUUCGGAAGACGCUAAAUAGUCUUCCCGGAACAAGUGGUGAAUGUCACACUAAUUCACCGCUGCCUGAUCCUGUUGUAGAGUUAGAUUCUGAUUUUGAAGGGUCUAUGAGGCAGAAGGAAGCCCCUUUCUUCCAUCGCAGGUCGUUUCAAUCCUCGAGUCAUAGUAUGAGAAUGGACAAUGACAUGUUAGUGCCUCAAGCAUGCCUUGAUCGACGUUUCAGCGUGUGUGAUAGAAUGAUAUUUGGUCACAGUACAGGUGACUAUGAGCCCAAUUAUAGAUGGGGUUCCUCAGACGACGAAAAUGGGGAAUCUCCGGUUAUAGCGCAGUAUUCACCAAUGUCGUAUAGAGGGUCUGUCUCUAUGGAGGACAGAGAUAGACAGACGGAGAGCUCGAGAUAUUGUUUGGUUGCUAGUAAGCAAAUGGUUGGGAUAUUUCUAACUGUUUGGGUGAAAAGCAAUAUAAGGGACGAUGUUCGCAACAUGAAAGUGUCUUGUGUUGGCCGAGGAUUGAUGGGAUAUCUCGGAAACAAGGGUUCGAUAUCAAUUAGCAUGUCUUUGCACAAAACAAGCUUUUGCUUCAUAUGUAGUCAUUUGACUUCAGGACAAAAGGAGGGUGAUGAGCUAAGGAGAAAUUCCGAUGUAAUGGAGAUUCUCAGAAAGACAAGGUUUCCCCGAGUUAAUGGAAUUGGCGACGAGAGUUCACCUCAAACUAUUCUGGAUCACGAUCGAAUAAUCUGGCUCGGGGAUUUAAACUAUCGGAUAGCCCUUACUUACCGUGCAGCAAAAGCUCUUGUUGAGAUGCAUAAUUGGAAAGUAUUGUUAGAGAAUGACCAGCUGCAUAUAGAGCGUGAACAAGGUCGCGUCUUUGAAGGAUGGAACGAAGGGCAAAUAUACUUUCCCCCCACAUACAAAUAUUCAAACAAUUCGGACAGAUAUGCAGGCGAUGAAAGACAGUCAAAACAAAAGAGAAGAACGCCAGCAUGGUGUGAUCGGAUCUUAUGGCACGGAAGAGGCCUCCGCCAAUUAUCUUACGUUCGCGGAGAGUCAAGAUUCUCCGAUCACAGACCAGUUUGCAGCGUGUUCUUAGCAGAAGUCGAGUCUGUUAGCCGUAACCGAAUCAGAAAAUGCUCUAGUUGCACCAGUUCGAGGGUCGAAGUAGAAGAGUUGCUGCCUCAUUCACACGCCUACAGUUACAUCAACUUGCCUUUCUAUUGAUGAAAACUGCAAUAUUUUUUCUGUCAUACUCAUACCAACUCGAUUAAUCAAACAAACCGAUGUACAAACAAAGUUUAACAUACAAGGUGGUCACCACUAUAAAGAUUGCUACCUAGCCCCGCGGUGAUGUAGACAUUCUGUUAUUCUUACGGUUUCAGAGAAGCUGCAGAGUUUGUUUUUGCCUACAAUCACUGACACUCGAUGUUUCGCGCCUAACUAUCUUUUUGGCAGUUUCUUUUAUCAACACUAAUAGCAUCUCCAUUCUUCAUUAAAUAAG